AUGGUCUUUUCCCUACCAGCCCGCUCCCCUCGCUCAGGCUUCCCUCCGUGGCAUUUGUCGCGCUUGUACGCGCCGACCAGCGGGACGUCCGCGCCGACCAGCGGGACGUCCGCGCCGACCAGCGCGACGAACGCGCCGACCAGCGCGACGAACGAGCCGACCAGCGCGACGAACGCGCCGACCAGCGCGACGAACGCGCCGACCAGCGGGACGUCCGCGUCGACCAGCGCGACGAACGCGCCGACCAGCGGGACGAACGCGCCGCCCGUCAAUCCCACUCCCGAGGGCGUUCCGCCCGUCAAUCCCACUCCCGAGGGCAUUCCGCCCGUCAUUCCCGCCCCCGAGGGCAUUCCGCCCGUCAAUCCCGCUCCCGAGGGCAUUCCGCCAGUCAUUCCCGCUCCCGAGGGCAUUCCGCCCGUCAUUCCCGCUCCCGAGGGCAUUCCGCCCGGCAUUCCGCCCGUCAUUCCCGCUCCCGAGGGCGUUCCGCCCCUCAAUCGCGCUCACGAAGGCAUUCCGCCCGUCAUUCCCGCUGCCGAGGGCAUUCCGCCCGUCAUUCCCGCUGCCGAGGGCAUUCCGCCCGUCAUUCCCGCUGCCGAGGGCAUUCCGCCCGUCAUUCCCGCUGCCGAGGGCAUUCCGCCCGUCAUUCCCGCUUCCGAGGGCAUUCCGCCCGGCCUUCCAGCCGUCCUCCCCCUUCCCCCUCGCUUCCUCCUCCUAAGGGCCUUCCAGCCCUCCUCCCCCUUCCCCCUCGCUUCCCCUCCUCCCCCGGCGUGCCGCAUCAUCCGCCGCAGCCCCUCCUCCGGCUGGCGUGCCGCAUCAUCCGCCGCAGCCCCUCCUCCGGCUGGCGCGCCGCAUCAUCCGCCGCAGCCCCUCCUCCGGCUGGCGCGCCGCAUCAUCCGCCGCAGCCCCUCCUCCGGCUGGCGCGCCGCAUCAUCCGCCGCAGCCCCUCCUCCCGCUGGCGCGCCGCAUCAUCCGCCGCAGCCCCUCCUCCCGCUGGCGCGCCGCAUCAUCCGCCGCAGCCCCUCCUCCCGCUGGCGGGCCGCAUCAUCCGCCGCAGCCCCUCCUCCCGCUGGCGUGCCGCAUCAUCCGCCGCAGCCCCUCCUCCCGCUGGCGUGCCGCAUCAUCCGCCGCAGCCCCUCCUCCGGCUGGCGUGCCGCAUCAUCCGCCGCAGCCCCUCCUCCGGCUGGCGUGCGACCUCACCGCCGCAGCACCUUCGGCUGGCUUGCCUCCUCACCGGCAGCAGCCCCUCUCCCGGCUGGCGUGCCGCAUCAUCCGCCGCAGCCCCUCCUUCGGCUGGCGUGCCGCAUCAUCCGCCGCAGCCCCUCCUCCGGCUGGCGUGCGACCUCACCGCCGCAGCCCCUCCUUCGGCUGGCUUGCCUCCUCACCUGCAGCAGCCCCUCCUCCGGCUGGCGUGCGACCUCACCGCCGCAGCACCUUCGGCUGGCUUGCCUCCUCACCUGCAGCAGCCCCUCUCCCGGCUGGCGUGCCGCAUCAUCCGCCGCAGCCCCUCCUUCGGCUGGCGUGCCGCAUCAUCCGCCGCAGCCCCUCCUCCGGCUGGCGUGCGACCUCACCGCCGCAGCCCCUCCUUCGGCUGGCUUGCCUCCUCACCUGCAGCAGCCCCUCGCCCGGCUGGCGUGCGACCUCACCGCCGCAGCACCUUCGGCUGGCUUGCCUCCUCACCUGCAGCAGCCCCUCUCCCGGCUGGCGUGCGACCUCACCGCCGCAGCACCUUCGGCUGGCUUGCCGCAUCAUCCGCCGCAGCCCCUCUCCCGGCUGGCGUGCGACCUCACCGCCGCAGCACCUUCGGCUGGCUUGCCUCCUCACCUGCAGCAGCCCCUCUCCCGGCUGGCGUGCGACCUCACCGCCGCAGCACCUUCGGCUGGCUUGCCGCAUCAUCCGCCGCAGCCCCUCUCCCGGCUGGCGUGCGACCUCACCGCCGCAGCACCUUCGGCUGGCUUGCCGCAUCAUCCGCCGCAGCCCCUCUCCCGGCUGGCGUGCGACCUCACCGCCGCAGCACCUUCGGCUGGCUUGCCUCCUCACCCGCAGCAGCCCCUCUCCCGGCUGGCGUGCGACCUCACCACCGCAGCACCUUCGGCUGGCUUGCCUCCUCACCUGCAGCAGCCCCUCUCCCGGCUGGCCGAUCCGGGCUGUGAUGAACUGGGGCACGAGGGGGGUCGGGAAGAGGCUUUGGGAGAGGAGGGGCGUUAG